CUGACUUAAUGAUUCAUCUAUUGUUCAUUAUUACUAUGGUGUUCCUAAAACAAGCAAUCGAUUUCAUUAACUACUUUCGAUAAGUUGCUGGGCAUACGUAAUUUAAGCAUUUGGUGAAUUUCUGAGAUGUUUAAACCACAAUUGAAUAGGAUAAUACCUUUCAGUGGCAUUUGUUAGAUAUUUUAUGCGAUACACAAUGGAUAUGUGUACAGCAACCGUGCUUUUAGUAUUUAAACUAAAUUGAGGUCGUAUUUAAACAAAAUAAUUGUUCAAACGAAAAGAACAAUUUUAUUCUGACUGCUAAUGUAAAAAAUCAUUUUGGAUAAGACAUGGCUUUAAGAGAGUUGUUAAAAAAGGGCUUAGAAGAAACUACGGCUCAUGGACUAGGUCGAACAGUGGGACAACGACAUAUAGUUAUCCGUGUUUGGUGGAGCAUUGCUUGCUUGGCAAGCUUUGGCGUGAUCAUUUGGCAGUGUGAAAAACUUUUCGUAAAAUAUUAUGAAUACAAUGUUAAUGUCAAAAUAGAUAUGCAGUACAACUCCGAGCUAGAUUUUCCAGCAGUUACAAUAUGUAACUUGAACCAGUUCAGACUGUCGAAACUUCACAUUGGAGGCCAAGAAUUUGGAAAUGAAAUUCAAUCAUUAGCUGAUUCGUUUUUGGAACAUUUCCCCCCUCCGACACAGAGUUCUAAUCAGACUACGAACGGUACGUCUCCCAUAGAUGGCGCCACUACACAAUUACCAAACACUACCACCGCUCCACCCCCAAGCAGGAAAAGGAAAAAGAGAACAACUGGGGAUCAGAGAAAGGCUCCAGACUCGGGGUUUACACCAUCAGUGGACUAUAACAACGCUCCAUGGUUGGCUGAGAACUCCGAAUCCUUAACUUACUCAACACGCCAAGCUCUAGCAGAGGCCAUGUCGUCUCUGAGCCAGCAGCAGCGUAUUGAUAUGGGACACGAUGCAAAUAACCUCAUACAAGAAUGUUCUUGGAAUGGGAAAACAUGUUCUCCUGCGAAUUUCUCGGGGUUCAACAAUGCCUAUUUCGGCAACUGCUUUACCUUUAACCACGACGACUUGCCCACUGUGUUAUCAACCAGCAAAACAGGACCUCUAUAUGGAUUGUCCUUGACACUUUAUGUAGAAACAAAUGAAUAUGUACCUGCAUUAACAUCAGCCGUUGGUGUCCGUGUUUUGGUGCAUGUGCCCGAUAAACAGCCCUUUCCCGAAGAUGAGGGUAUAGACGUACAUCCGGGUACAAAAACUUCGGUCGGAUUAAAAUAUAUAAAGGUGACCAGAGAAACUUACCCAUAUCCCAGCGAUUGCACAGAUGGGAGCGAUAUCUAUUUACUAUAUGACAAGACAUACUCAAUACAGGCAUGUAUCCGAACUUGUAAACAGGAGGCUGUCAUUGAUGAAUGUGGCUGUGCAAAUGCACUUGAAGAAGCUCCCGAAAACGAGACUAUUUGCAAAUCUGAUAAACUUGACUGUGUGAAUUCAGUUUUGGAACAAUUUGAAAGAAAAGAAUUAACAUGUACCUGUCCACAGUCUUGUCUAGACCAGUCGUUUUCAAUGACGGUUUCAUCGUCUGUCUGGCCAGCAAACUCGUAUGGUAGCACUCUGUUAGAUGCAUUUGGUGGCCGUGAUGGCAUCCCGGACUUUGAAAGUGUGGAGAAAUUGCGGGAUAAUAUGAUUAAGCUGGACAUAUACUACCAAGAGCUCAAUGAGCAAACGUUCAAAGAGGAACCUGCUUACCUCUCUGAAAAUCUCCUCGGAGAUCUUGGGGGACAAAUGGGCCUAUGGAUGGGCAUAUCCGUAUUGACUAUUGCAGAACUUAUCGAGCUUGUUUCAACAAUAAUUUACACUGUAUGCAAAAAGUUAAGACAUCCAGAAAAAGUUCAUGUUAAAAACGAUCUUCCUUUAGUUGAAAAGUAUUAACAGCUCAUUCUACUUAACCACAUGAUAUUUUUCGAUAUACAUGUAGGUCGAUGUGAGUUAUUUUUGUUUAUGUCCAUUACAUGUAUAUAAUACAAUCUUAUUUAUGGUUCAGCAAAAAGUUUUUCCUGUAAGUGCAGUGCCAAAAAUUAGUGAAUGUGGGGAAGGGAACCAGUAAGCCAUUCUCUCCUGGAUGUUAUCAUUGUUUUCUCGAAAAAAUAUUUUUGAGAAUUCAGCAUUGUCUUUUGAUUUUGCAUUAAGCAUUAGCAAGAGCCAGUAAUGAUCACUGCGCAUGUUCAAAAUAAUUAUAAACCAAUCAAAUUUGUCAAUUAAAAUUUGGACAAGCGCCUUGAACGAGUGCAGAAAUUCAAAUUAUCAAACGAUUUGCAGCAUAUCUACAUUGCUGUCAAGAGAAAGUCGACGAUUGAACAAUAAAAAACAAUCAAAAGAGGAGUCGAACACAAUAUUCGACCAAUCAGGACACUAGAUUUCCAGCAUAGAUACAGUGCAGCGGGAUCUUUUAGAUAAGGCAGGCAAUUUAAUUGUAUAUAUUAACAUAAAAGUAAAAUUGAGUUUUGAGCGAAAGAUUUCAAGUGAGCAGUGAACCUAGAUCCACCAUACAUGUACACGACUGCUUGGUCCAGGCAAAAUUACUCAGGUACAAAAACCUACAUUAUACACUUUUAUACUAUUCAAAUCUUACAACUGUAUAAUUACUAACUUUAUUGUGAUGGUAAAUGAAUUGAUGUGUACUGAAAUAUACUUAGUUUUAUGGGUAUAUGUAAAAAUAAAUCAUUGCAAAAUACAAGAUUAUGCCAUAUUAAUUAUUACCAAAGUGUAAAAUGUGCAAUAAAGAACCAGAGAAAAUAUCACACAUGAUCAUGGACUGUGAAGGUCGUAUCGUUUUAAGGUCAACUAUUUUGAAAAUUGUUUUAAAUACUUUCAAUCCUGAACAAAAUUAUCCAAAAGAAAUGAUUCUGGGAGCAAUUUUUGGUGCAGGAGAGAUAAUUGAUUUGGAUGAAUAUAAGCAAAUUGCUUUAUUCAUCCCCAAAAUGUACAUAAACAGACCAGAUAUUGGUCUAUAAUUUUAUGUAAAUUGUAUUAUAGAUGUUAUUUGUUAAAAAUAGAAUAAUGUAAAAACUUUAUUUAUUCACACCAAAUCUG